AUGCCCUGCUUCAAAGGGCUUGCCGUGAGCAUCCACACGCCGGAUGGCCCGAUCUCCGAAUAUUCCAUUCAACGACAUUCUCGAGCUUCGCGCAUAGGUUGCUUCAUUCCGGUUCCUCCGCCCAAAAUUCCCGAAUCUGGGACCGGCAAAGCGGAACAAUCAACCUUCGCCAUUUCCGUCACCCUCCUAAACCCUGAGCAAGAUGUUCCGUACUCGACCCCAAAGCCGACGGCAGAUUGCCCCUCGCCGAAACCAAAAGUGGUCGGCAAAUUGCCCGGUGAGCCAGGUCAAACCGCCGGGACGGUCGCACCAUACCAGGGCUUGACGAACUCGCCGAACGAGACAGUGGCAGCAUACAUCUACUUUGACGGAAGACAGAAGGAGGAAGUGGCUACACUAUUGCGACGAGGAGAAGAGACAUGGGUGAAUUCACGCUGGGUCAGCAUUCCGGAAAGCGAAGGCGGGGGAAUUGCCGAACGGGAAUUCUUGUUCCGCGAGGUCGGUCUGGAGCGCUGGCUCAACGGAUUGGACCUGGAAGGCAAGGAUGCCGCAGCCAAGAUUGAACGCAGGCGACAGAAGAUGGAGAAACGACGUGCAAAGCGCGCCGCUGAGGAGGAUCCGACUGCUAUGGAAAUGGAGGACAACCAUCCUGCCAAGUCCAAGACCAUUAUGCGAUACGGAAAUGACGAGAAGUCGCCCCUCGAGGAUGUUUCAGACGACGACCUGUCCUCCGACUCUGAUGACGACGAUCCAAUCCCCGAAACAGCGGGCCAGAUUAAGGUUGCUUUGUUCCGAGUUUUGGCAUCUGGAGAAAUCAAGCGGGGCGAGUACUCCCCGCAGUUUGAUGCGCACGACGAUGAGGAGGGUGGCCAGGAUAAUAGUGGCGGAGACGCCGAUGUUGAUCAUACCACAAGCUUCGCCAAGCCUAAGUCCCUCGACCCGAAGACCAUUAGUACGCAGACUGUUACUGGUAUUGACCCAAGUGAUAAACCAUACGCUGUCUUCACUUUCAUGUACCGUGGUGAACGUCAAUUGCAGAAGAUGGGUAUCUUGAAAGAUCCCAAGGUGCAAGAGACUCCUGCUGCCACCAAGCGCAAGUCUAUACAAGCUGAUUUUGCAAACCUCGGCCCUAUCAAGCCUGGGGGCUCUGUUGGAUUCCUUAAUUUCCGGGAGAACGAAGCCAAGCCGCGGAAGGGCAAGAAGAGCGUCGAUGACAUGGAUAGCGAUGACGACGACACCGACAACCCCAUACUUGGCAAGGCAGACGACGACGAAGCCAAGGAUGACGAUCGGUUCUUGUCUCCCGAUGACAUUCAACGCCAAGGAGAGCUGGCGGAGAGCCUGCGGAAGAUUCGACUCAAGCGUCAGCACUCCGCUGAACCACCUGGGGGCAGUGUCGGUGACUCGAUUGAUACCCCGGCUUCUGGAUCUGGAUCCACACCUCCUGCAAAUGAGCGCUCGACAACACCGCCGAAGGCUGCCGCAACUGGAUCUGCAGGUGGGCUCUCCGAGCCGUCUCAGCCAGCUGCCGAACCAGAAGAUGGCCUUUUUGGUAGUCCACUGAAGAAACAGCGGGCGAGUGUCUCGACUGCAGAUGAGAAUGCCCUUAGACGCCGGAUCGCAGAAUCGUCUGGUAGAAUCAAUGAAGUUCUGGGCUCUUCUGCUCCAACGGAAUCAACUUUGACCAGUCCGAAGAUCUUCGCAGACGGCUUCAGUCUUGCACCCGAUCUUUCUGCCGGACCUCCAGAAAAUGACGAGGAGCUGUAA